AUGGCAUCGUCCCAAAUACGCCAGUUUGCCACCCUCAUAGAUCAGCUGCCCUGUGAAGCUGAUGAUUACAACCUGAUGGAAAAUUUCGAGGAUUACAAUAAAUGUUUUGAAAGCUCUACGCAUAGUAAUAAGGGGAAAAAGACAGAUUCCUUUUCCGCCUUUAACUCCAACUUAAGUGAUUAUAUAAAAAACAUAUCGAAUGGUCAGGCGAACCCUAACGGGAGCAACACAAAUAAUAUGAUGAAAAACUCCAGUUCGUCAAACGAUGACGAUAGUUCGAAUGUAGAAAAUAAUACCAACACGCAAAAUAAAAAGAGUGAAGAGGAAAGCCUCAUCAGGUGCAACGGGAACAAUUUGAACAAAGGCGAGUCCAACUCUUUUGCAAACAAAAACCCCGGAGCAUAUUUCGAUAAACCAAAUAUGCUUUACGAAAAUGAUGUAAAUUUAAAUGCCUUGAACAGCUACGAUGACAGCAACGCUCUAUAUAUCUGUGACCACGAUUUGAUGAAAGAUGGGCAGAGCAAUUACAUGGAGACUCUGAAUAGCGAAGUGGACAACAGGGGCUGCAAGUACGAGGCCAGCAGGGGGAUACCGGUGUGCAAGAAAAACAUGAUUGAAAUUAUCCACUGUAAUAAUGAGUGCCUGGCGGACGCGAAGUUCGCCAGCGACAGGAGCGGCGCUAGCCACAGUGGUAGCAGCGGCAAUGGAAGCAGCGGAAGCGGCAAUAAAAGUCGGGGGAAUGACAUCCGGGGGAACAACCGCGGGGGCAAUGCCGAUCUUCUCCAAAACAAUGGAGACGUGUCGCUGUACAAUUUUAGCGCCCCCUUUGACGACAAAGCGUGCGAAGAGAAUGACGAAAACAUCGUUUACAGGUACAACCCCAACACGUUGCCCUCGAACAAUGAUAGCUAUGGAAACAAAAAGAAGGCCGCCAACUUUAGAAAAGGUUCCCUUCCGAACAAGGACGAGGAGCACGAUGCGGACCAGCCACUGCACAGCUGCAAAGGCCGUGCCCGUUCAGGAGAGAGGAAAAAGGAAAACCCACAAGAUAGACCCCCCUUGGCGGAAGAAAAAGGAGCAAUUCACGAAACGAACGAUGAAGGAAUGCAGGAACACACAAGCAUCAACAACCCGCAGAGGUAUGACCAGAACGGUAGCAAACGGAAGGGGAAUAAAAACGUCAAUGUAAAAAACAACGUUGGUGAAAACUCAACAGUAAUUGAAUAUAAGGACUUCUGCGACAUGGUAAAAAAAUGUGACGAAGUUAACAAAAAUAUUUUGUUUUCCAAAAAGGCAAAGGUAAUAAAAUUGGACGCAAACAAAUCGUUGAUUAUUUUCCCAGUGAAUAUACAUGACUAUGGAGACAAGUACAUUGCAGUGAACCAGAAGGAUCUUCUGGAGUACAUAUCAUCAUCGAUCGAAAUUGAUAAUGAAGACUUAUCCUCGCUGAAGAUAAAAAAUUAUCAAAAGGAAAAGGAGCUUCAAAAUAUGAAAGCAGCCUACAGUAUGCAGACAACGAAUAUUCACUACCUCAUCAAUAGGGUUAUAUUCAAAGAGUGUGAAUAUGAAAAUUUAAAAAACAAAAGUUUGACGAUGGAGCAGGAGAUAAAUAAGCUAAUUCAGGAAAUUAACUCUCUAAUUAAUCAGAACAAGGAAGGGCUGUACAUGCAAAAGGCAUUUAUUGAUUAUAAGUGCAGAUGUGUGUUGAAGCUACAAGAAUUGCAACCCCUUCUGGGGGAGUACUAUUAUGACAUUUUUAAUUAUAUCACCUCGUGUAGAACGUUAGGACAACUGAGCAUUUGGAUCCCCGUUUUUGAAUCGAAAACGGAAUCUCUGGAAAGUAUUGCAAAUAAUUUAAUUAAAAUUAUGUUGAACGGAUUAGGUGCCCCUUUCAAUUCAUCCCCUCAGUAUUUUCUCUCAAACAAAAAGUUAUUGAAGAAGUCUAUAUCUAUAGAAUCGGAGGAAGAUAGCUUUAUUAAUAAUGUAGCCAAGAGGAAAAUCAUAGACAAUUAUUUGGUCAACCAUUUGAAUAGCUUCAACACGACGAAGGAGAAUAACUCCCACUUUUCAAACUGUCAUUCUUUAUCCCUAAACAGUGAGGAAUCGUCGUCCUUCCUAGGGACAGAAGAACUGUUCCUCAAUUCGUCUAAGUUCCCCUCCAUGCAUUCAGUGGUACAAAAAAAUGGAGUCGAAAGUAACAGCAAUCGUAACAAUAGUAGUAGCAAUAAUAAUUCGUGGAGGAGAAAAAACAGAAAAGAACAUUUCCUGAACAAACUCAACAGGUCCAACACCACCCCAGAGCACUUCUGUGUUCAUAUCGAGUCCUACACCAAUAGUGAUGCCUAUAGUAUCAGAAAUGGGCGUGAAUUCCCCGCUAGCCACACGCAGGAUAAUGACCACAAAAUGGACGCUCCUUUGACGCCGCAUGAAAGACAACCCGUUAAGCGCAAACAGGCGGGCAGCAACUAUGAAGAGAAGGACAUGAAGAAGAUCAGAUUUAUUGGCAAAGAAUGCUGUAGAAAUGACUUGUCUCAUGGUGCACUUGGUGGAAGCAAGGAUGAACGUGACGAGGUGGGAUUGUUUAGCAAGGGGGAAGAGUCCUCCUCCAUUUUAGAGAAACCAUUCGGGGAAAGCAAACCCCAUAGGGGGUACAAAACUGAGACGAAUGUGUACAGCGAAACGAGAGACAACCUGGCGGAGGAAACCUACAGAAACGAUUGGUGCCACAAGAUACAUGAGCACGAAUACGAUUCGCAGAAUGAAGGAAAGGACGACGAAGAUGUGGUCGAUGUUUAUAAGAGUAUGAUUGAAAGUAAGUCGGCACUCGCAGGUUGGCAGAGGAGCCGCAAAGGGGGGGGCGAAAAUGAGGCGUUCGACGAUCUAAUUGAGGUGCUCCACGUGGACAAAAUGGGGGACGGAGCCCUCCCCCCAAAUGUGGACGACGAAAGGGGGAGUGCAGCUAGCAGCGUCGUAGAGGUAGCAUCCGACGGGAGAGAGGUGCCCAAGGGGCGAAGGGUCAGCGGGGCGCAGCCCCAAAUGUGCAUAAAUAUAGACACGGACAUGGAGGUAGAGGCGGAGGUAGAAGCGGAGGUAGAAGAGGAGGUAGAGGCGGGGGUAGAUGCGGAGAUAGACGCGGAGGCAGGGGCGGACGCGUUCUUGAAUCGCCAACCUGUCCAACGCAGUAGCGCGCAAGCGGCCGCCCACAUAAGACGAAAGAGUGAGGCAGAAUUAGAGACACCCAACAAGAGCGAAGGAGAACACGAAUUCGCGAACAAAAAGGGCACUGCUGAGGAAAGGGCAAGAGAGGUUAAAUGCGCACCGAAGAAUCAGAAAAGAGCGGGUGAAGCUAACAAGCAAAAGCGAUUUAAGGAGAUGGAUAGCGCUGUGGAGGAGAGGGACCAGGACGCGAAAAAAAGAAAAUAA